UUUCUUUCCUGCAGCAACUGUGUCAAGCAGCAAGGAUGGACCAGCUUCCGGCAGAAUUCAACUGGAGGAAACAAAUCAAAAAAGGAGGGAAAAUUACAUGUUACCAGAUGUUGUGGAUGAAAAGGGAAAGUAACCUCACAGGGGGAUCUAAUCAUAAAUUCCUAACUGGGAAGGUCACAGUGGGUAGUUGUGCCCUGGGCCUUUCACUUCUAUACUGAAAGGUUUUUAAGCCUGCCCUGGGUGCAUCUAGGUUAAACACAACUUUGAAAUACCAGAAGUAAUACCCCUUGAAGACAUACUCCCCCUCAAGAGAGCACGCAAACUUAUCCUGUAAUGCCAUCCCUGCCCACCUUGCUCUCUCCACCUUCCUUGUGUUCUCUCCUUAAUUCCCAAUGCAUAAAAGAAACUGCAACCCUGUCAUUCUUCAGAGCAUUUUAGAUCUUGCUUCCCAGCAAUUUUCAGUUUUGGCUCAAAUAAACUCAUAAAAAUUCUCUGCAGGUUUAGACAUUCUUACCUCUACACUUAUUAUAUAUACCAAGGGCUGUUGGCCAGUUCCCUUCUAUUAGCAUAUUAACUGCAGACUGAAAUUCUUCUGACCCCAGCCACACUUUUCCCAUAUGAGAGCUGAACAGUAAGGAAAUUGGUGGAAGCAAAAUAACAAUCAGCUCUCCUCGCACUUGGCAUUCCCAAUGUCGACAGAGACACACCUGAUUUAUACAACAGCCUUCCUGUUACAUCUCUUCCCUCUCCUCUCCGUCGGUCUGGGACAGAGACUCAUCAUCAUGGGCAUUCCACUAUUAUACGGUUAACACACACACACACACACACACACACAUAGGCUCCACAUGAUCUACUGCAACAGCCCAGGCUAUGCCCCAUGACUGUCCUUGGGAUUAGACUUCUGCCCCGUUACCUGCUAUUCCCCUCCAUUUGUCCAGUGGUAACUCUCUGAAGGCAUGGCACCCAGCCUUGUCUGUCCUUCUGAGUCUCAAGGACAAGGUGUGCUGCCAGCCACUCUGCACCUCCCCUCCCAGCAUCUCCCUCACCCAGAUUUACUGCCUGACCCACAACUGAAAGAGUGGGUCUUGGGCCUCCAUUGUGUUUAGUAAGCACCUGCUAUAUGUCAGGGCCUGAGUUAGUUGCUGGGAUUUAGAGAUGACUGAAAACUAAUCACUCUCCAUGAUUUCUUGCAGUGGAAGAAAAGUAUAUAAACAGAAAAUUACUAUAGAAACAGGUAAAGGCUGAGACUGGAAUAGGAUGAAGUGCUGUGGUCACAGCGAGGAGACAGCCUCCACAGCAGGCAUGACCUUAGAGGUGGCUUUUGAAGAAUCAAGAGUUAACCGUGCCAAGAAGCAUACACACAGACUCAUCUUACAGGCCUGCAGAAAACAACCAGUUCAUAGAAAAGGAGCCUGGGGAGGGGCCAUGUUGCCGAGCCAGCUGUGGGGGAGACUGGAGAAGCCACUUCUCUACCUGUGCUGUGCCUCCUUCUUCCUGGGGCUGGCUUUGCUGGGCAUACAGCCGGACACCGUCCCUGUUGCUUAUUUCUUUCUGGCCUUGGGUGGCUUCUUCAUGUUUGCCUGCCUGCUGGCCCGUUUUCUGGAACGGGUGUUCCAAUCAGUGCAGCCGGAGAGCCCAGGGGCCUCAGGCAAUGCUUGGGACAAUGAAGCCUUUGAGGUGCCACCCUAUGAAGAGGCCGUGGUGUUGGAAUCACAGUGCCACCCCCAAGAGUUGGAUCAACCACCUCCCUACAGCAGUGUGGUAAUCUCCCCAGGACUUGUGGAGGGACAGCCUGACCAUCCAGAGGUGCCCAGGAGAGCCAGAGUGGAAAGGCGAGUGGGCUCAGAGGGGUCUAUGGCCCCAGGAAGUGCUGGGAGAGCUCCGAUCAGCCUUCGGCUUCGGGGACCACGAGUUGCGUCCACUGCUCUUGAUCUGCAGAGCUUGGGCAUGCUCCCCAAAUUGGAGUCGCUCCCCAGGUUGGAGCCUCUCACUCCGCCGCCUGACUAUGAUGUCAGCUUCAGUCACCCUGAUGAUGAGAAUGUUUUUUAUGAAGACAACUGGACACCCCCAUAACAGACUUUCCCAGGAUAUAUCAUCUCUCUGCAUCAGACCCACUCAUUCAUUUGACCACUUUUCCCAGUGCCUGCUUCGCGUCAGGAACUGGACAUCACCAAAGGGGAUUUUAACCCAGAGGGGAGUUAGGCUACGGUAAGCCCUUCUCAGUUGAGAUGCAGGUGGUACAAUUUGAAUUUUUCAGGUGACAUUCAGAAACCUAACCCAUAAUCGUUAUUUUCAGAGUUAGCUUGAGGGUGAGAUGAGGCAAUGAUCCAGAGAAUCCGGAGGAGAAAGAAAAGAAACAACACUUGAGUGAGGUUAUGUUGCCUCUGCUCUGGGUGCUUUGCCUCCAUUAGAUCACUUAGACUUCCCAGCCUUGUAGGGUAAAAUCACCCUCAUUUGGAAAACGAGGGUUCCAAGGGUCAGAGAAGUUUGAUUAUUUGCACAGGAGCACAGGGCUAGUAAACAGGAUAAAAAUAACCUGAACUCUGCUCUUCUGAUCCGAAAGCCUAUGAUGUUCUCAAGGUAGGCAGGCCAUCCGCACAUCUCUCGGUCUGUCUCAGGCAACUGCUGGUGAGGGAUGGUAGACAGAGUGGGGGACCAGUUGUGUCUGCGGACAGCGUGGGCUGAGAGUGAUCAGGCGUGUGCCCAGCCUCCCGGAGGCACAAGGCUAGUCAAAGCUGUGCUAACUCCUGCUCCAUGCGGGAAGCAGUUCUGGCCCAAGGGCUGGAGAGCAGUACCCCACGAAGGGUCCCCAUCCUACGGGAAGCGGGGGAGUAAAACUGCCCCAUGGUUAGGGUCUUCCCUUCUCGAGGAUGGGUGGAGAGGUGGAUCAGCAAGGAUAAAGGUGAGCUUCUCGGCAGAGGUGGCGGAGUGUCUUAAGGAUACUCGCGUCAUCCAAUGUGAAGGCUGGAGUCGAUCGCACUAACUCUCAUCCUUCAUCCUCACCCCUGCACUCUCACUGCUGGAGUUUCACAUCAGCCCGGCCCUGCUUCCUCACAUGUCUGGCACAAGCAUGUCAAACUCGCGGCCCGCAUGCCUCGUUUAUUUGGCCCGUGUGAGACUGGAAUCAUGUACUGGGCUGUGGUGUAGGUUUGAGCCGCUGGAAGUUGCUCAACCACCGCUGACCUACCCUCCUCUUCGGGGCGCGCCCACACCGGCCUCCAGUCACUGGGUCUGGCGCCUCCUAGUGUUCGCUUCCUUCCCCUCGCCCCAAGAUUUCAAUAAAGUACAGAGUCCGGCCA